AAGGACUCACUAUCGGCGUCCGCUCUCCGGCGCCAUUUCUGUAGAGGGGAACGGCAGUGUGGCCUGUAAUCAUGGCGCUGUUCCCAGCCUUUGCUGGCAUUGGUGAGGCUCCCAGUAGCGGCAGCGCCAGGAAAGAAUUAGAUUGGCUGAGCAACCCGAGCUUUUGUGUUGGAGCCGUACCCUCUCUGAGCCAACAGCCUGAGGAGGCCACCGCCCUGGUUUCUGAAGGGUCAUCGCCGACGAGGAGUCCCCUGAAAUCGGAGCCUUCAGAUGAAAGUGACGCUAACAGAAAGCCCAGACAAACAAGCAGGAAAAAGAAGAAAGAGAAGAAGAAGAAGAGGAAGCAUCACCACAAGAAAACCAAGAGAAAACGUGGGCAGGCCAGUAGCAGUGGCUCCGAGCUGGAUAGUGAGCCCGAAAAGGACAAAACUUCCAGAAGCACUGGAGACAGUAGAAGGGAAUCCGAGAAGCCAAGGCAAGAAGGUCAUGCUGCUGAUGAUGUUGGGUAUCGCUUUGUUUGGCUUGAGGAUGUGCAGGCUCUGACAGGAGAAACCUUCAGAACAGACAAGAAACCGGAUCCGGCCAACUGGGAGUAUAAGUCUCUCUACCGAGGAGACAUAGCAAGAUACAAGAGGAAAGGAGACUCCUGCCUUGGCAUUAACCCUAAGAAGCAGUGUAUAUCCUGGGAGGGGGCAUCCACAGAAAAGAAGCAUUCGCACAAGCAUGUUGAGCGCUAUUUUACAAAGAAGAGCGUGGGAUUGAUGAACAUUGACGGAGUUGCCGUUGGCAGCAAAACCGAACCUCCGUCGUCUGAGCCGCUCUCCUUUAUCCCCGUGAAGGGCCCAGAUGAUGCGCUUCCUCCCGUUACGACCUGGUUGAACCCUCUGGGCAUUUACGAUCAGUCCACCACGCAGUGGUUACAAGGACAGGGUCCUUCAGAGCAAGAAUCAAAGCAGCCAGACUCACAGACGGACAGAGAGAGCGCGCUGCUCAAGGCCAAGGUGGAGGAGUUCAACCGGAGAGUGCGCGAGAGUCCUCGCGACGUGCAGCUGUGGAUGGCCUUUGUUGCUUUUCAGGAUGAGGUCAUGAAAAGCCCCGGCCUGUACACCCUCGAGGAGGGAGAGCCGGAGAAGCGGAAGAGGUCUCGGAAGCUGGUGCUGGACAGGAAGCUGGCCAUCCUGGAGCGGGCCAUCGAGAGCAACCAGAGCUCCGUGGAGCUGCAGCUGGCCAAGCUGGAGCUGUGUGCCGAGUUCUGGGAGCCCUCCGCACUGCUCAGGGAGUGGCAGAAGCUGAUAUUCGUGCACCCCAACAAGACAGCCCUGUGGCAGAAGUACCUUUUAUUUUGCCAAAGCCAGUUCAGCACCUUCACCGUCACCAAGAUCCACGGUCUCUAUGGCAAGUGCUUGAGCACGCUGUCCGCGGUGCUGGACGGCAGCAUCCUGUCGCACCCCGCGCUGCCCGGCACGGAGGAGGCGGUGUUCGCUCUCUUUCUUCAGCACUGCCACUUCCUGCGGCAGGCUGGCCACUCGGAGAAGGCCGUCGCUCUGUUCCAGGCCAUGGUGGACUUCACCUUCUUCAAACCUGACAGCGUGAAAGACCUGCCUACCAAAGGACAGGUGGAGUUCUUUGAGCCCUUCUGGGACAGCGGGGAGCCCCGGGCUGGGGAGAAGGGCGCCCGUGGCUGGAGAGCGUGGAUGCAGCAGCAGGAGCGAGGCGGCUGGGUGGUCAUCAGUCCAGAUGAUGAUGAUGAUGAGCCAGAAGACGAGGACCAGGAAAUACGAGAUAAGAGUCUGCCCAGGUGGCAGAUCUGGCUUGCCACUGAGCGGUCCCGAGACCAGAGGCACUGGCGGCCGUGGCGCCCUGAUAAGACCAGGAAACAAACCGAGGAAGACUGUGAGGACCCAGAGAGACAGGUGCUGUUCGAUGACAUCGCACAGUCUCUGAUCCAGCUCUCCAGCCCGGAUCUUCAGUUCCAGCUGGUCACGGCCUUUCUGCAGUUCCUGGGUGUGCCUUGUGGCUUCAGCACCCCGGCCUCCUGCGUCUACUUGGCUGUGGAUGAGGACAGCAUCUUUGAUAACGGGCUUCAUGAUGAAAAGCCACUGACUUUCCUCAACCUGUCCUUCAAUGGCAUCAGCUGUGUUGGCUGCUCAGACGCCCUGGGCUGCCGUCGCUGGACCUGCGGUCACAGUCGAGAGGGCGAGGAGUUCAUCCGCAACGUCUUUCACCUUGUGAUGCCUCUGUUUUCAGGCCAGGAGCGGUCCCAGCUCUGCUUCUCCUGGCUACGGUACGAGAUGGCGAAGGUCAUUUGGUGUCUGCACACUAAAAACAAGAAGAGGUUAAAGUCACAAGGAAAGAACUGCAAAAAACUCGCCAAAAAUCUCCUUAAGGAGCCAGAAAACCGCAACGAUUUCUGCCUCUGGAAGCAGUAUGCACAUCUGGAGUGGUUGCUUGGCAACACGGAGGACGCCAGGAAGGUGUUCGACUCGGCGCUCAGCCUGGCGGGUGGUGGGGAACUGAGGGGGUCCGAGCUCUGGGAGCUCAGCCUCCUCUACGCGCAGCUGGAGCUGGAGCUGGAGCUCUCAGCUGAGGCGAGGGGGGCCGCCGCGGCCCGGGCCGUGCACAUACUGACCAGACUGACGGAGAAUGGGCCCUAUGGGCCCUACUCGGGGCCGGUCUCGGCUGUUCAUGUCCUGAAAGCCCGGAAGGCUUAUGAGCACGCGCUACAGGACUGCCUAGGGCAGAGCUGCGGCUCCGCUCCAGCUCCCGCCGGCCCCGCUCACCGCCUCGCGAGCCUGGCCAAGUGCUUCCUGCUCUUCCAGUAUGUGACUGUAGGCAUCGAGGCCGCCGUGCGGCUCUACGAGCAGGUGUGUGCGGGGCUGCGGGGCUCGGUGUGCCCGGGCGGCGCUCUCGAGGCUGUCACGCUGCUGCACACGGCCCUGCUCCGGUUCCACACCAGGGUCCACGUUUACCCCCUGGCUCCCCUGCGCCAGGUGCUCUCAGAGGCGAUACAGCUAUACCCAGACAACCAGCUUCUCUGGAGGGCCUACGUACAGGUUCAGAGCAAGUCCCACGCAGCCAGUAAGACCAGAAGGUUCUUCAAUGCUGUUACCAGGUCCACCAAAGCCUUGGAGCCUUGGUUGUUUGCGAUUGAAGCUGAGAAAAUGAGGAAGAGGCUGGUGGAGACCGUUCAGAGGGUGGAUGGCAGAGAGGUCCAUGCCACGAUUCCUGAGACCGGCUUGGCUCAUCGGAUCAGAGCCCUGUUUGAAAGCGCGUUGCAGAGUGACCAUGGCCGCCUGUGCCCCUUGCUGUGGAGAAUGUAUUUGAACUUUUUGGUUUCCUUGGGAAACAAAGAAAGGAGCAAAGGCGUGUUCUACAAAGCACUUCAGAAUUGUCCUUGGGCAAAGGCGCUGUACCUGGAUGCCGUGGAGCACUUCCCCGAAGGGAUGCAGGAGGUCCUGGACCUGAUGACGGAGAAGGAGCUCCGGGUGCGCCUGCCGCUGGAGGAGCUGGCGCUUCUGCUGGAGGACUAGAGACCGGGAGGGAACGGGCCCCGCCUCCC